UAAUUGAGUCCUUAGUCCUUCCUCACUGAUCAUAAACAACGUCCCACUCGCCUUGAUCUCUAAACUCUCUGUCACCCAAGAAUCGAAUCCUUUUUGUUGGAGUACAGAGGGAAUUGGGGACGACGAAGGGCUUCGUCUCUUUCACCCUUUUCUUCAUUCACUCACAUCUCAAAGAGAAAAGCGAAAGCACAAGCUACCUAUCGAGCUAGCAAUUCGUUGCUUUGUUUUGUUUAAUUUAUUUAUAUAUAUAUAUAUUGCAUUUACUAGAAUAAGAGCGAAAAGGCUCUUUUCUUCAAGCUCUGCCACCACCCACCUUUGAAGAAGCACCACUCAGAGAUUUUUCUUCUCUCCUUUUCCUGCUUUUCUGGGCCUUUCGCCGCCUUCUGGUUCGGCUCUGAGCAAAUUGGUGGCGCAUUUAAGGUUUUGGCAGAGCCUGCUUUUGGCAGAAGCGCUUUUGAAAUUAUUAAAAGCUUUCAACGCUGCAUUUAAGAACACUCUCACUGGCACUUCUUCGAACGGAGGAUUCCAACACCCAGCAACAACACUUUCCAAUCCGUAUACUGCUUUUUAAUUUUUAUCAAUCUGAAAGCAAAGGAAAAAGCUGAUACAUCAAAGUCAAGAGCCCGGGGAGGGAGAGAAAGUGACAUUUCAAGCAAGAUCUACCAGGAUUUAGUCGUUACCACAAUGUUGCCUCAGAAGCAAGCAGAGGAGGCAAUAGUCUCCAACUUUAGCGAGGGAGCAGAUCAUGAAGGAAAGGAAUUGGGAGCAGAAGAGAAUAAAGAUGGAGAAAACGCCUCAUUGUUUAGUGUCAAGAACUUUCUCUGGCAUGGUGGCUCUGCUUGGGACGCCUGGUUCAGCUGUGCUUCCAAUCAAGUGGCGCAAGUACUAUUGACACUUCCAUACUCAUUCUCUCAGCUCGGACUUUUAUCCGGUAUCUUGCUUCAGCUGUUCUACGGGAUCGUCGGAAGCUGGACGGCUUAUCUAAUCAGUGUGCUCUAUAUUGAGUACCGGAGCAGGAAGGAGAAGGAGAAUGUUAAUUUCAAGAACCAUGUUAUCCAGUGGUUUGAAGUGCUUGAUGGGUUACUUGGUCCUUACUGGAAAGCAGUGGGGCUUGCCUUCAACUGUACUUUCCUCCUAUUUGGAUCUGUCAUUCAGCUCAUUGCUUGUGCAAGCAACAUAUAUUACAUCAAUGACAAUUUGGACAAGAGGACUUGGACAUAUAUCUUUGGAGCUUGCUGUGCCACUACAGUGUUCAUACCUUCUUUCCAUAACUAUCGGAUUUGGUCUUUCCUUGGACUUGGAAUGACCACUUACACAGCCUGGUACAUGACCAUAGCAGCUGCUGUUCAUGGACAGGUUGAAGGUGUUACACACUCGGCUCCCCACAAGAUGGUACUGUAUUUCACCGGCGCCACCAACAUACUAUACACCUUUGGUGGCCAUGCUGUUACAGUGGAAAUCAUGCAUGCCAUGUGGAAGCCACAAAAAUUCAAGUACAUUUACUUGUUUGCCACACUCUAUGUUUUCACAUUGACAAUUCCUUCGGCUUCGGUCGUUUACUGGGCCUUCGGCGAUGAGCUUCUCAACCAUUCCAACGCCUUCUCUCUCCUCCCCAAGAAUGCGUGGCGUGACGCUGCUGUUAUCCUCAUGCUCAUUCACCAGUUUAUUACUUUUGGGUUUGCUUGCACACCAUUGUACUUUGUGUGGGAGAAGGUGAUCGGUAUGCAUGACACAAGAAGCAUUUGCUUGAGGGCACUGGCUAGGCUUCCAGUUGUGAUUCCAAUUUGGUUCUUGGCUAUUAUCUUUCCGUUUUUCGGACCGAUUAACUCUGCGGUUGGGGCUCUCUUGGUUAGUUUCACAGUCUACAUCAUCCCAUCUUUGGCUCAUAUGCUCACAUACAGAAAAGCAUCUGCCAGACAGAAUGCUGCGGAGAAGCCACCAUUCUUUUUACCAAGUUGGACAGCCAUGUUUGUGAUCAACUCCUUCAUAGUUGUGUGGGUUCUGGUAAUCGGGUUCGGGUUCGGUGGAUGGGCUAGCAUGACCAACUUUGUGAGGCAAGUGGACACAUUUGGGCUGUUUGCAAAGUGCUAUCAAUGCAAGCCUCCAAAGCCAGUAGUAGCACCAGCCCCACAUAACUAAAAGUUCCAUCACCCCAAAAGCUUGAAGAUGAUUCUCAGCUAUCAAAUCCUCUAGCAGAUCUGAUUCCUCUUCAUAUUUUGUACCAUACAUGGGGAAAUAGUAAUAUUUGCCCCCCUACAUGUGAUGUGUGUUGGAUUUUUCUCUUUUUUAUUUAUUUUUCAAUUUUUUAAAAUUAGUUUUUGAAUAGUGUGUUGAGUUGUGUUGAUGAUUUCUUUUCCUAUCACAGCAUAGUUUAAUUAAUUAAAUGAAAUAUAUAUGUUUUUAGGUA